UUGCGAUUGCGAGGUCGAAAAUUUUUUUGUGAUUGUUGUUAUUGCAAAAACUGGAUUAUUUUAUACAAUUUGCGUGCCAUUUUUCUCAAGUUUUCUAUAAAAAUGUCGGUAUUCUGUCGAUUAUGUCGAAUACAAAUCUUUUCACUACCAACUGCAAUUUCUAACAAUUCUAUAAGGCACAACAAACCAAUACAGGAGAUGAUCUUUGAAUGUACAAGAAUAAUGCUAGUCAAAGACACAAGAUUACCACAGUUCUUGUGCGAUUCCUGUACGGUACGAUUAGAUGAGACGUAUGCAUUCAUACUUUUGUGUCGAGAAUCGGAAGAAAUCUUUUUGAAGUUAUUUCCCCAGCCAAAGCAUCAUACAGAUAUAACAACACACCCACCGAAGUCUGCAGAUCAACAGACAAAAGGACAAGAACUAAAUCGUCACAAUAACACUACGUCUAUCAAGCUGGAAUUGGUGCCGGAAGUGCUAAGCGUUCCAGUGGAGUACUCAAAUUCAUUUGAUAUACUGCCGGGAAUCGAAAACGAAUCCCGAAAAGGGAACAAUAAAGACUGGAUUUCAGAGGCACGUUUGCAUCGCGAACGUCAACGGAUAUCCACAGCUAAGCGUCGUGCCAAGAUGAGCGCGGAACAGCGAGAGAAGGAAAGGGAACGGGCCCGACAUCGACAGGCUCAGCGCCGUGCCAAUCGAACCGAUGAAGAAAUACGUGCACAACGAGAACGGGAUCGAAUACGGCAGGCUAUGAAACGGGCUAAAUUUCGCGAGGUUGAAAUGAUGGAUCAACAUCCCUUGAACCACGGAUCUCCACUGCACGGAUUGAGUUUGCUUGGGUUGACCCAAAAAUAAGUCGAUUUCGGUUGAUUUUCGAUAUACCCAUUUAGAAAAAAAAAAAAGUAUGAGAUAUGUGAGUUUCACUAACAUAAUAAAACCAAUACAAGUAAAAUGUAAAA